AUGGGGCUCACAGCGGGCAAUGGUGCACUUGCAGAGGAGGCACCAUCAGCGACCCAUUCGCCCGCGUCUUCGGCUUCGACCUCGACACCGCCACCUCACAAACAGGACGAGCCUCAGAAGCAGAAGAAGAAGCGCGUCUUUAAGAAGCGCAAGGCGACGCACACGAUCCGGAAGGAGCAGAAGGCGGCGCUGGAGCAGGAGAUCGCGGAGCUUCAGGCGCGACUCGAGGAGAUCAAGUUCCAGGCGCUCGUGCAGCAGGGCAAAGCGGCCAAGUCCUACCAUGACAGAGCCGUGGAGAACGCGGUGCUGAGGGAGUCGAUCCAGGAGUCGCAUCUCGUCAUGGCGCAAGUGCGCGCGCUGCUGUCGGGCCACACGCAGCACCACCUGAGCGGCGUGCGGCCGAUGGAGACCAAGAUCUGUCUGAGCGCCGACAGAGCGGAACGGAGAGCAGUGCUGCAUGCGCUGCGUGGAGCGAAACUGCGUGAGGCCAAGCGCUUCUUGAACGCUCGGAGCAGUGAGGUGAACCCGAACACACCAUACUUCCAAGAAGAGAGGUACGAGACGGCGGACGGGGACUUUUGCGUCGCUCGCUUCGAGAUCACGCCGCUGCGGGGCGUGAGAGGAGGCGUCCGCGCAGUGUUUGAUGCCGUGUUGCAGGCGGCGUUCAAUGCCGAGAUCAUCAUAUCGGAGACGUCGGGCAACAUCACCGUGCGUGAGGACGACGACCUCAACGACGACGACAGUGUCUCCCAGAUGCGACUGGUGUCUCGGACGAACGGAGGAAUGCUGCUGGAGAACAACCUUCACGCCGUCACGACGACGGACUUUGUCGACGAAGACGCUCUGUAUCCCUACAGACCGCUCGAGCGAGUUCGUCGGGAUCUUACUGCUGCUAUGCUAUUGACGUCGUAUGAGAGCGAGGGUGAUCCCGCAGUGCUGAUCACGCGCUGGUCUUGUGCUAGAAUCUGCCACACAGACCUCAACAUCUCUCGCGAGGCGCUGCUGGAUCUGCGGGAGAGCUCCAUUCGGUCCCAAGGCAUCUUCCUCAACUGCGUGCGGGAGACACUUGGGCUCCCAGUGAGUGCAACCUAG